AUGCCAUCUGCUACUACCGAACUCAAACACUUUGAUCUCUCCAAGGCCACAGUCAGGCCCGACGGAGACAUUUCUACUUCUUUCAACUCGUUUGGUAAGGGAGAGACAUAUGACAGCUCUUUCUGGGCAGACAUCAAAAAACUGUUAAUCAAGGAUCCUGUUGCUUUUAAGGAGAGUUGGUUGAGACUCAAGGAGGCUUUUGCCAAGGGCCUCGAGGAGAUAAAGGAGAAGAGAGGCGACAUCAUCCCAUCGGUGUCCAUGGACGAGUUGUCUAACAUGGACAAACUGAAGAGGGAUGAGAUCUUGAAGAGAGGCUGCGUUGUCAUCAAAGGCGUGAUUCCAGAGGAGGAGGCUGUCGGAUACAAGGAGGACGUUCUCAAGUACGUGGAGAAGAACCCUCAAACCAAAGGUUUCCCCCAGCAUGCUAAGGUCGUCUAUGAGCUCUACUGGUCCAAGCCCCAGGUGCAAGCCAGAGCCCAUCCCAAUUUGAGAGAGGCCAGCAGAUUCAUGAAUAACCUUUUCCAUGCUGAUCCAGACGCCAAGGUCCUUCUUGACCAGAACAUCUCCUACGCAGACAGAUUGAGAGUGAGAAUGCCUGGUGACGCCUUGUUCAUGCUUGGUCCUCACUCUGACGGUGGGUCGCUUGAGAGAUGGGAGGACCCAGCCUACAGUGCAUGCUACCAGAAAAUCUUUGAUGGGAAGUGGGAGGAAUUCGAUCCCAACGAUGCCACUCACAGAAUCAACGCCAAUAUGGAGAAGUAUGCAUCCAACGGUAACUGCAACAUCUUCCGUGCGUACCAGGGCUGGUUGGCCGUUUCCGAAGUGGCACCAAAGGAGGGUUCUAUUCUUUUCGCUCCUUUGGUCAAGGAGGUUACUGCUUACUGGAUGAUGAGCCCAUUCUUUGACGAAAACGAUAACCUCAAAUUGGACUCCUCCUUGCCAGGCACCUUCCCAGGAAAGAGUCAAGAGUUCAACAACGAGACCCACCCUGGUCUUCAAUUGGACGACUUGAUGGUGCCUGUGCCUCGUGUUAACCCUGGAGAUAUGGUCUUCUGGCACUGUGACUUGAUCCAUGCCGUGGACCCUAUCCACGAAGGAACCCACGACUCUUCUGUUUUCUACAUCCCUUCGGCGCCAUUGUGUGACAUCAACGCAAAAUACGUGGCCAUUCAGCGUGAAGCUUUCCUCAAAGGUCUUGCUGGACCAGACUUCCCAGGAUUCCCUCACGGUUUAGCCGAGACCGAGCAUGAAGGAAGAGCCACUAGUGAAGAUGUUGAAGCUACGGGCGGCGUUGACGCUCUUCGUGAACUCGGCCUUGUUCCGUUCAGCGCAAAAAACCUCACGCCAGGCGAAGCAGCUAUCGUCGAAGAAGCCAACAAGUUGUUGUUUUGUUAG